AUGAAUGGGAUUGAGCAAACUGGAGCGAGGUAUUGGCCGGUAUUUCAACGGUUCAAAGUGUUAGCGUCUCUCCGAGAGCUUCGUGAGAUUCACAGCGAGUUCAAGGUCGAUAUUGAGGUCGCGGUUCGAAGCCAUGGAACUGACUUGUUUGCAGAACUGUUUGAUGGAGGGGCCUCGAUGCCUAGGGAAAUUAUCAAUGCGCCUAUCUCCUCAUUGUGA